AUGUCGACCCAAUACGCCCAGGAUUUCAAAUUCUUACGAUUCAUCACCGGAACGAAUCCCGUGAAAGUGCUACAUACACAAGUACUGUGCAGUGCAACCGAGGGAUGCGAUGCCUUAGCCGUGAUUAAAUUUCGGUACUGCGGCGGGGCUAAGAUCGAGACCUGCCUGACCACGUGGGAGGGCGAUCGGGUGUACUAUCGCUUGACUAUAGCAGAGGCCGAUGGUAUGGUCAUGGUGCGCUUGCCAGCGUAUCUGGAUGAGUUCUAUUCCUUGUCCUUCGUCGAUUUGCCACAGUACGAAUUCGAUGUUGAGAUCUCCACAGAUGGACUCCAUUACGAAACGGAUACGGACCUUCUG